CAAGUUAUUUCAUGCAUCAAUGGCCGGUUGUCAUGUGCGUCCUGUGAUUUUUAGAACCAUGGAUAUCAUGAAGCUUCAAAGAUUGCCUCCACCUGAGAAUCUUUCAAGGAUGAACACCUCGAGAUUUGGUGACAGACCGCUCUGGUUUAAACCCUUCCCUAUUGUCAAAGUUAGAGAACGGAGCUUUGGGUCAGGCUUGGUUAUGGAUGACACACUUGCUGAGAAGAAAAGAGAGCUUUACCAGGCAGUGAAAGGAAUCAACAGGGGGAUUUUUGGACUCCCAUCUGCCAAGAAAUUUGAAAUUGAGAGUUUGGACUUGAGGGCCUUGAAUGCCAUAUGGGUUUCACCUCUCUCUGGCAAACAAGUCCCAAAGCUGAACCCUUUUCACUCUUCUCACUUCUUCAGCUAUAGAAAUGGUAGAAUACGUGCGUUUCUUUCACAAGGAUAA